AUGGUGGAUUUUGACGUUAUUCUUGGCAUGGACUGGUUGUCCCCGUAUCACGCUAUAUUUGAUUGUCAUGUCAAGACUAUGACUUUAGCUAUGCUGGGGUUGCCUAGAUUAGAGUAUUCAGUUUUGGUGGUGAGAGAGUUUCCAGAGGUAUUUUUUGCAGAUUUGUCGAGCAUGCCACCCGACAGAGAUAUUGACUUUUGCAUUGAUUUGGUUUCGGACACUCAUCCUAUUUCUAUUCUACCAUACAGUAUGGGUCCAACCGAGUUAAUGGAACUGGAAGAACAGUUGAAGGAUUUGCUUGAUAAGGAAUUCAUUAGAUCGAGUGUUUCACGUUGGGGUGCAUCGGUGUUGUUUGUUAAGAAGAAGGACGGAUCGACAAGGAUGUGCAUUCAUUAUCGGCAGUUGAACAAGGUUACCAUCAAGAAUACAGAGGAGUAUGAGAAGCACAUGCAAAUUGUACUCCAGACCUUGAAGGAUUGUCAGCUUUAUGACAAGUUUUUGAAAUGUGAGUUCUGGUUGGACUCAGUUGCCUUCUUGGGCCAUGUUGUGUCUAGUGAUGGUAUCAAGGCCUUAUAUGGGAGUCAAUGUCGUUCUCCAGUUGGUUGGUUUGAUCCUGGGGAGGCUAUAUUGUUGGGCACAAAUUUAGUUCGUGAUGCUUUGGAGAAGGUGAAGUUGAUUCAGGAGGGGCUUCGCACAACUCAAUAUAAAAAGAAGCGUUAUGCGGACCAGAAGGUUCUUGAUGUGGCUUUCAUGGAGGGCGAGAAAGUUCUUCUUAGAGUUUCACCCAUGAAGGAAGUGAUGAUGUUAGGAAAGAGGGGAAAAUGGAGCCCGUGGUUUACUAGCCCGUUUGAGGUGUUAGAGAAGGUCGGCAAAGUUGCUUAUAGACUUGCUUUGCCUCCUAUUCUUUCAGGAGUUCAUCCGGUGUUACAUAUUUCUAUGCUUUCAAAGUAUCAUGAAGAUAAGUCCCAUCUUUUGGACCUCAACACAGUUCAGUUGGAUGAGAAUCUAGCUUACGAGGAGGAGCCUGUGGCCAUUUUGGAUAGGCAGGUUCGGAAGCUCAGAUCUAAAGUUAUUGCAUCAAUAAAGGUUCAGUGGAGAUGUCAACCAGUCGAUGAGGCUGAUAAGUGCGGAUUUUGA